AUGGGGCGAUACGGACCCGAGUUUCCCCUCACCACCAUUCGGGACGAUGUCAACCUACACAAGAUUCUGCUAGACGAUCUAGGCGUUAAGCAAAUCGCGGCAGUAAUAGGAGGCUCCAUGGGCGGCAUGCUGGUGCUCGAGUGGGCUUACUUUGGCAAGGACUACGUCCGGUCAAUAGUGCCCAUCGCCACAUCAAGCAGACAUAGCGCAUGGUGCAUCAGCUGGGGCGAGGCCCAAAGACAGAGCAUAUAUGCAGACCCCAAGUACGAUGACGGCUAUUACCCCUUUGACGAUCCCCCAACCACAGGACUAGGAGCAGCGCGUAUGUCGGCGCUCCUCACCUACCGCAGCCGGAACUCCUUUGAGUCCCGCUUUGGCCGAAACAUACCGGACCCCUCAAGACGGCAGACAAUCCGGGAGAAGCCACGCCCCAGCACGCCGUCAGAGGCACACUUCCACAUCCACAACGAUGGCCACAAAAUACAUCGCCCUGUCUCCUCCCGCCACAACAGCCAGUCCAGCGUCGCAAGUCCAGCAAAUGGCAGCAGUCCUGCAUCGAACAGUGUUCCAGGAGACGCGGCGUCAGACCCGCAGUUCCACGGGCCAAAAGGAGGCAGCCUCACCGGCGGCGAGAGCGUGCCCACCUCGACGUACUUCUCCGCCCAGUCCUAUCUGCGCUACCAGGGCGAGAAGUUCGUCAAGCGCUUCGACAGCAACUGCUACAUCGCCAUCACCCGCAAGCUCGACACGCACGACGUGUCCCGCGACAGGGCCGCAAGCGUGGCCGAGGCGCUCGCCAUGAUCGAGCAGCCCGCGCUCGUGCUCGGCAUCGAGAGCGACGGCCUCUUCACCUUCGCCGAGCAGCAGGAGCUCGCCGAGCACAUGCCCCACGCGCGGCUGGAGAAGAUCGACAGCCCCGAGGGCCACGACGCGUUCCUGCUGCAGUUCGAGCAGGUCAACCGCUACAUCCUCGAGUUCCUCCACCGGGUCCUGCCCGACAUCAUGAAGAAAGAGGGCGGCGUCGUCGUCACAGAGAGCUCUGUCGGCCAAUUGACCAAGAGCAGUACCUUUGGUGAGGCGGAAGUAGAGGACAUUACGGCGUGGUGA